AUGGCGAGGAGGGGGCGGGGCGCGCGGCGGUUUGGCGCUGAGGCGCGGAGAAGCCGAGGAAGAGGCGGCGGCAAUGGCGCUGAGGGGGACGCGGGAGCGCGAGAUCCGCCAGCUCCAGAAGGCCAAGGAGAAAGCCCAGAGGAAAGGAGACCUCCAGGAAGAAGCUGCCCUCUGCAACCAGCUGGGCGAGAUCUUGGCUCGCCAUGGGCGCUUCCAGGAGGCUCUAGAGGAGCACCAGCAGGAGCUGCGCCUCUUGGAGAGUGUGGAUGACGUCAUCGGCUGUGCUGUGGCCCACCGGAAAAUCGGGGAGUGCCUGGCGGAGCUGGAGAGCUAUGAAGCAGCACUGAAGCACCAGCGCCGCCACUUGGAGCUGGCGCAGUCCCUCCGCAACCACAUCGAGCAGCAGAGGGCCUGGGCCACGCUGGGCCGUACCUACAUGUUCAUGGCUGAGAGUGACGCUUCGAGCGGGGCCCUGAAGGAGGCGGAGGAGGCCUUCAGGAAGAGCCUGGCUGUUAUCGAGGAAACCCUGGAUGGGGAAGUGCCGCAGCGCGAGGUGAGCGAGAUGAGGGCCCGGCUCUACCUGAACCUUGGCUUGGUCCACGACAGCCUGAAGAACCCCGCCAAGUGCAGCGACUACAUCAAAAAGAGCAUCUACAUCUCGGAGCAGACUCACCUGCACGAGGACCUCUACCGGGCCUACUUCAACCUGGGCAACAUCCACCUGCGGGAAGGCGAGCAUUCCAAGGCCAUGCGCUGCCUGGAGAGGGCGCGGGAGUGCGCUCGCAAGAUGAAGGAGAAGUUUGUGGAAAGCGAGUGCUGCGCCAGCCUUGCCCAGGUGCUGCUGAGUCUGGGGGACUUUGUGGCUGCGAAGCGCUUCCUGAAGAAGGCCUACCUGUUGGGCUCCCAGCAGCCUCGGCAACGGGAGAGCGUCUGCCACAGCCUGCGCUAUGCCAUGAAGGUGAGCUCCCUGCAGCAGGCCCUGGAAGAGGCAGAGGCAGCCGGCAACCUGCGGACGGCCCUGGGCCUGUGUGAGCAGCUGGGGGACCUCUUCUCCAAAGAGGGGGAUUAUCGGCGCGCUCUGGAGGCCUACAAAGAACAGCUGCAGCAUGCUCAGGCUUUGAAACGCCCCAGGCAGGAGCUCGCUGUGAUCCACGUUUCUCUGGCUGCCACCUUUGGGGACCUGAAAGAUCACGCUCAGGCGGUUCACCACUAUCAGGCGGAGCUGGCUCUGCGGCAGGGUAAUGCCCUGGAGGAAGCGAAGACUUGGCUGAAUAUUGCCCUGGCCAAAGAGGAGGCUCGAGAGAGCUAUGAAGACCUGGAGCCCUGCUUCCGAAAAGCUCUGCGGGGGGCGGAGGCGGCUGGUGAUCUCCGGUUGCAGUGCCAGAUCCUGCAGUCUUUGCAUGCCUCGCAGCAGAGGUGUGGCGACCCCAAGACCUCGGCCACACUGGCCCAACUGGAGGACCUCCGGAGCCGCUCAGAGGAGGAGGCAGGCGAGGAAGAGGAGGAGCUGCAAAGCAGCGAGCCCUUGGAGGAGAGCGACCUCGAGCUCUCGGACAGCGACGGAGAGGAUGACCUGGAGGACUACGGCAAAAGUGUCCCCGGCCGGCGCAACGUCAGCAAGUGGAACCAGCGGAAUGACAAGGGCGAGACCCUGCUGCAUCGGGCCUGCAUCGAGGGCAACCUGCGCCGGGUGCAGUUCCUCUUGGAGAAGGCUCACCCCGUGAACACCCGGGAUUAUUGUGGCUGGACCCCGCUGCACGAGGCCUGCAACCACGGGCAUCUGGAAAUCGUCCACUUGCUCUUGGACCACGGGGCCCACAUCGACGACCCGGGGGGCCCUGGCUGCGAGGGCAUCACCCCCCUCCACGAUGCCCUCAACUGCGGCCACUUUGAGGUGGCGGAGCUGCUCAUCCGCAGAGGCGCCUCGGUGGGGCUGCGUAACGCCCAGGGCCUCAACCCUUUGGGUACUCUUCAGAACUGGGUGCAUCUGUAUGGUCGGGAUCUGGACCGGGAAACUUGUGAGCACAGCAAGACCAUGGAGCAGCUGCUCAGGAAGGCCAUGGCAAGUCGAGGUACCAAGGCUCGAACCCUACGAGAAGAGCCGACCAGUCAGCUUUUCGAUUCGGAAGUCUCCGAGCCCCCACCUUCUUGCCCUCCACGUCCAGCAGAGAAGCCCCGCAGCCCCCGGAGGGCCCCGAGGCAGAACGGCGAACUGGGUCUUGGCGGGACCGGCUGGGGGCAGUGGGAGACCCCAGAGAGCGGCCAGAUUCCCCCGCGGCCUGCCGAGAGGAGGCCACAGCUCCUUGGGCAGGAGCCACGAAGGGCCGAGGAGGAGCAGGGGCUGGGCCAGACUGGGCAGAAGGAUGCUGGCUCGGCAGCCGCAGCAGAGUACCGGGCAGCCAUGAGGCGCGUGGGCAGCGCCCACUCUCGUCAGCCACAGAACCCCGAGCGCCCGCUGCCCUUGAAUGGGCCAGCCCUGAUCCCCUCCGAGGACUAUGUGGGCGACGAUUGGCUGGAACACGAUCUGGGGCCGAGCCACGGGUCCCGGAAAAGAAGUCGCCGCUUGAGCGUCCAUGAGGACUCUGGGGCCGAGUCGGAGGAGAGCUCAGGGCCCGAGAGCGAAGGCGGGGCCCCCCGCCAGCCCCCGGAAGCUGCGAGGAAGAAGCGGCGGCGGAUCCGGCAGAGUCGCCUCACCCAGGUCGUGGACCGGAUCCCCCUGGGCAGGACGCGAGGGGCUGGCCUGGUGACAAGCCCAGGGCGGCCAGCCAAUGGCCCCAGUUCCUUCGGGGAGGCAGGGGACAGCAGCCCCGUCAACGGCAGGACUGGGGGUUGCGAGAGCCCGCCCCCAGCCACAGCACAGCUUCCCGUUCCCCUAGCCCCUAUCCGGGUGCGAGUUCGAGUGCAUGAGAACGUCUUCCUUAUCCCCGUGCCCCACAGCAACGAGAGCCGGCCGGUCUCCUGGCUGGCGGAGCAGGCCUCUCAGCGCUACUACCAGAUGUGCGGGCUGCUGCCGCGCCUCACCCUCAAGAAGGAGGGGGCCCUCUUGGCCCCCCAGGACCUCAUUGUGGACGUCCUGCAGAGCAACGAGGAGGUGUUGGCUGAGGUGGAGUCCUGGGACCUGCCGCCCCUUCUGGAGAGAUACCGCAAGGCUUGCCGGAGCCAGUCUGUGGGGGAACAUCCGCUGCUGCUGAAGAUGCUGGAGCGUCAGGAGUCGGGCCCCUCGUUCAGCGCCUCGGGCGUGGCCCUGCGCGGCCCCCACCUCACCCCCCUCCUGCGGGCGCUCAAGCGGCAGACGGCCAUCCGGCACCUCAGCCUAUCCGGGACCGGCCUGGGGGACGACUCGGCUGCGGAGCUGCUGGCCAGCAUCAGCACCAUGCCCGCCCUGAAGACCCUGGACCUCUCCGGCAACCGCUUGGGCCCCGAGGGACUGCAGAAACUGGCACGGGGGCCGACCGGCCCAGCCACCUUCCAGAGCCUGGAGGAGCUGGACGUGAGCUUGAACCCGCUGGGCGACGGCAGCUCCCAGGCCUUGGCCUCCUUGCUCCAGGCCUCCCCCCUCCUCAGCACCCUCCGCCUGGGAGCCUGCGGCUUCACCCCCGCCUUCCUCCAGCACUACCGCCCCCUGGUGGCCAGCGCCCUCAGAGGAGCCGUGCACUUGAAGAAGCUGUCCGUGUCCCACAAUGCACUGGGCUCCCCAGGCCUCCGCCUGCUGCUCCAGAGCCUGCCAGCCGCUGCCCUCACUCACCUGGAGCUCAGCUCCGUGGAGGCCCCAACGGGAGACCCAAAGCCCCUGUGGGAUGCGGUGGUUCAGUACCUGCUGCAGGAAGACUGUGCUGUCACCCAUUUGACACUGUCUGGGAAUCGCCUGACAGAUGAGGCCGUCGAAGAGCUGGCCAGGCACCUCCCCGCUUGCGGCUCGCUGCUCUCCCUGGAUUUGUCAGCCAACCCGGCCAUCAGCAUCGUGGGGCUCCGGACGCUGCUGACGGCCCUGGAGGAGCGGCAGAAGGGCCUCCAGUUCCUCAGCUUGGCAGGCUGCUCCGUGAAGGGCCCCUUGGACUGCACCGCCUGGAAGAAGCUCUCCGCCAGCGUCCGUCACCUGCAGCUCUGCACUCGCCUCCUCAGCCCCGGCGACCAGCGGGACGUGGCAGAGCUGUGGCCCGCCUCCCCCGGCUCUGCUCUCCGCACCGUCGCCAGGCAGCACAAGCUCUUCUGCCAGAGCCUGGCCCCAGGAUCGCCCGCGACGGACUCGACCGCUCUCGCCGGCUCCGUGUGACGCUCCCUCCGCCAGUGCUGGGGGGCGCCUGCCCUACAGAGAGCCCAACAGUCCCCCGCCCUUUCCGGCUGAUUGUGCAGGGCUUGGGCUGCAGGAGUGGAUCAUGGGAGAAAGACAAGGGACUGCUGCUGGGACAUGCUGGGCACCCCCGGUCCCCCAGCCUCCCCAAAGCCCUGCCUGGGUCAGCACAGAUGCUGCGUGCUGGGGGAGGGGAGCAAGAGAGCCCCACUGCUACUUUCCUGCCGUGCCUUCUCUUCCCUGGCUCCUCCUCCAGGGGUGCUUAGUCUUCAAUUCCCUGCUAUUUAUUGAAUAUCACGUCUUCAGGAUCAA